AUGCAACGCUUGCUCUUGCCAACACUGAAGGCCUUGACCGGGAGCCCGUGCGUCCGGCUCCUGGGUCCUAGGGCGGCGCCUAAAGUACAGCAUGGCUGCAGCUUCAGGAUCAGAUGCCCCCUGAGGCCAGGGCAGUACAGCACCAUCUCAGAAGUUGCUUUGCAGUCUGGGAGGAGUACAGUGCCCCUUCCUUCGAAGGCUGCUGAGCGCGUGGUGGGCCGAUGGCUCCUGAUUUGCAGUGGAACAGUGGCCGGAGCAGUCAUUCUUGGUGGAGUAACGAGAUUGACAGAGUCUGGCCUCUCCAUGGUAGAUUGGCAUUUAAUAAAGGAGAUGAAGCCUCCUACAAGCCAAGAGGAAUGGGAAGCAGAAUUCCAAAAAUACCAGCAGUUUCCAGAAUUUAAAAUCUUGAAUCAUGACAUGACCCUGGCAGAAUUCAAGUUCAUCUGGUACAUGGAGUACUCACACCGAAUGUGGGGGCGCCUUGUGGGCCUCGCAUAUGUCCUGCCCGCUGCCUACUUUUGGAGAAAGGGUUGGCUCAACCGUGGCUUGAAAGGACGUGUUCUCGCUCUCUGUGGCUUAGUCUGUUUCCAGGGUCUGUUGGGAUGGUAUAUGGUGAAAAGUGGAUUGGAAGAAAAGCCAGAUUCCCACGACAUCCCUCGAGUCAGUCAGUACCGCCUCGCCGCACACCUGGGCUCAGCCCUGGUGCUUUAUUGUGCCAGCUUGUGGACGUCCCUGUCACUGCUGCUUCCUCAGCACAAGUUGGUUGAAACUCAUCAGCUCUUACGACUGAGACGAUUUGCUCAUGGAACAGCAGGCUUGGUGUUCUUUACCGCGCUUUCAGGGGCCUUUGUGGCAGGGCUGGAUGCUGGACUUGUUUACAACUCCUUUCCCAAGAUGGGAGAAUCCUGGAUCCCAGAGGAUCUCUUGACUUUCUCCCCCAUCCUGAAGAAUGUUUUUGAGAACCCCACCAUGGUGCAGUUUGAUCACCGCAUUCUGGGGAUCAGUUCUGUUACUGCCAUCACAGUGCUCUACUUCCUGUCCCGGAGAAUCCCGCUGCCAAGGAGGACCAGGAUGGCUGUGGCAACUUUGCUGGCUUUGGCCUAUACACAGGUGGGCCUGGGCAUUUCCACUCUGCUGCUGUACGUUCCAACGCCUUUGGCUGCUACUCACCAGUCGGGCUCCUUGGCCCUGCUCAGCGUUGCCCUUUGGCUCAUGAACGAACUCCGACGAGUUCCCAAAUGA